AUGGGCGAUCAAGACUCUACGCAGAAGCCAAAAUUCAAUUUUAGCAUCGAGAGCAUCUUGAAGCAUGAGUCGUCGAGACACGGAGUUUCGACGUCUUCAGCGGGGGAGAACAGUGACAUACAGAUCUUACAGAAAAUUAGGCCAGUAUCGCUUCAGCUGCUGACGAAGGCGACAACUGUGUCCUCUGCCAGGCUCUUAGCCUUCACGCCCAGGUUGUAUCCCGAGCGACCUACUUCUUCAUGCAGCGCGUCGAGUGAUAGUUCCGCCGGCAGCCACUGCUCCAGUCAGUCGACCUCGGCGCCCGAAUCGUCUUGUGUGAAUCCCGUCCCUGCUGGAAGGUUCCCCGUUCACUGGUCGGCAAGUUCACGUUGUCACCCGUACCUUCCCCGGCCGGCUGCUACACCCGCGGGGAGAUCAUUAGUACUUCCCAGCUCCAUCGCCCUCAGACGCCACAAGCCCAACCGGAAGCCCCGCACGCCCUUCACCACCCAGCAGCUCCUGGCGCUGGAGAAGAAGUUCCGGGAGAAGCAGUACCUGAGCAUCGCCGAGAGGGCCGAGUUCUCCGCCUCCCUCAGCCUGACGGAGACGCAGGUCAAGAUCUGGUUCCAGAACCGACGCGCGAAGGACAAGCGGCUCAAGGAGUCGGAGAUGGAACAUCUGACUAGGCCUCUGUACCCGGCCUACGGCGGCCUCCUGCACCUGGGAGGCCACUUUCCAACUUUGCACCUUCGUCAGCCACUGAUCUCUCUCCUUGGUUAA